GUUGUAAAGCACACUCAUUGUCCUACGAUUCUUACAAGAGGAGGAGAUCGCAUCAGAAGUAACGGUAAGUUAUUGAGCCCAUUAACCUUUAGGUGACUAGUGUUUAAGAUUUCUCCUUAUUCUUACACUGUUCAGUCAAACAUAAAUAUCGAUAACAUGCUGAGCUGGCAGGUCGCGCAAUAUCACGUGAUCAUGGAAUGACGCAAGGUGAGGUAGAAUUUCUCCUUAUUCUUACACUGUUCAGUCAAACAUAAAUACCGUGAGAAAAAGCACAUGAUCAGCAAGUGAAAAAGGUCUUGAUUACGCAGGAUAUGCGUGGAGAACGUUGUGGAGAAUGUUUGUAUUAAUUUUAGGGUUUAAAGAGUCGCACCAAUCCCCGUGAUACUGUUUCUUCUAGUGAGAAUUUUAAUCUCCAUAGUUUUGCUCUCUUGCAAAGGUAAAUUCGGCGGACUGCAGAACAAAGCUCCUCCUCUUGAGAGAAUGCGCGGCGCAGUGUUCGCUGCGCCUCUUCCGCUGACAUUCCAUUCACUGACAACGCAGAUUGGUGAGUGACAACUAAAGCUCUUCUCAUUUUUCAUCGCCAAUGUAUAACUCCAACAUUGCUGCUAAUGUUUUUCUUUAUUCAUUAUGUUGUCAGAACAACUACAAGCUUUUAAACAAGCCGUUAUCAAACACACACAAGCCAAGGAAGAACUUUCGGUAAGCUUAAAGAAGCGCAUCGCAUUGGUUUUUUUUUCCUUUCGUACACAAAUCCACCCUGCUGUCAGUCUUCUUUUCUUGGGAGCGGAUGAGAAGGGGAAGUUCUGCCUGAAUCGCGUCGAGUCUUGUUUUAACCCUUUGUUGUUUUAAGUCCCAAAAGUGACCAACGUCAUUUUUCUCCUAACAAUAUUCGUAUAUUGUCAUAAGAUGAGGUUAUGAGAAUUAAUAAAAUGAUCGCCAAAGAAAAAUGCCAUGAUCAUUUAUUGAAUUCUCUCGACUUAUUCUUAAGGGAAAUGUAUGGAGAUCACUUUGGAGAAUUUGUAUGUGUAUAUUAAUUGGGGCUUAGAGGGUUAAGGCCGCUUUCCUUCUUAUCGUAUAGGUGAGCGCGACCCCAUAACUUAAAGAUUUGAAUCCGCUUUCACUACUUUUCUGUUCUGCUCGCCAGUUUAUUUUCAAAACAAAUCGUUGGUAUCGGUUAGCUGAUUUACGAAUUUGAUCUUGGAGCAUUUGAAGGGAACACUUUCUCUAUCUCCUUUCUCUAACAGCUGCAGCUACAGCACGGACAAACGGAGGAGAUGAAAAUUAAACACCGGGAAUGCAGAGAGGCUGAAACCCAGUUACGCAUGAUUGAGGAGCGUUUGGGCAUGACUCCGACCCAGUACAAUAUGCCUCCCAGUCCGGCCACUAUGCUGCUGACAGAAAUCAACACUCCACCUACAAGAACAGCUACCUCGCGUCGCUCCAGCGCACGAGCUGCGGCUGUGGCUACCGCUUCUCCGACCUUAUCGACUCCGGUCGUAAAUGGUUCGAGCAACGCAUCGGGAAACACAACUUCUCCGCGAACGAGGCGAGGUGCUGCGAUCUCCCCUGAAGAUGUAAGAACCAGUAAACGAACGCGCCGAUGA